AUGCGACGCACUCAUCCCUCCAUCCAUUUCCUCGCCGCCACCGACACCCGGGCGGCUACAGCCACAGCAACCUCAUUGUCUUCACGCCAACCCCAUCGAGGACGCGGUAGAGGCUUCUCCGGCGGCAGAGGUCACGCUGUCUCCGGUGACGCGCACUUAGGCUCGGUCCGCGAUGCCAAUUUAGGACUCCUACGAGGAGAGAGUGAAAGCUUCGCGAACCAAACUCCGUAUCAUCAGAGUCCAUCGUAUAGUUCAAGGCCUCAUCCGCCACCGCCUCACCAUCGCCAGCCUCAGUUCCGUCCCCCUCCGCCGCAGUUUCGGCUGCCUCCUCCGCCGCCGUUUCGGCAGCCUCCUCCACCGCAGUUUCGGCAGCCUCCUCCACCGCAGUUUCCGCAGCAUCCUCCGCUGCAGUUUCGGCAGAAUCCUCCGCCGGAAUAUCGUCCGGCGUUUCGUCGUCCGAAGCAUCUCCGGGAGAGGCCGCCGGAUUAUCGAGACUGGGAGCUUGUCCUGACGCCGCCACCGCCUCCUCAUGGUAACCUCACUCUUGUGCUGUGUGAUGGUGACUUAGGUUUCUACCUUAGGAUUAAGAAAACAAAUCAAAACGCCAUUAAGGAACAAUUUCAGAUGAGUAGUUUGGUAAAUGGCUCUUGCUUCGCGUGCAAUUUCACAACGGAGCGGUUUAAAGUUCUUUCCUAUAAUAUAUUGGCUGACUACCUAGCUUUGGACCACCGGAACAAACUUUAUUUUCACAUACCUCCAUACAUUUUGGACUGGCACCGGAGAAAGAGAAGCAUACUUUUUGAGUUGGGGCUUUGGUCAGCUGAUAUCUUGUGUUUGCAGGAGGUUGAUAGAUUUCAUGAGUUGGCAGAGGAGUUGAAGCCUAAGGGAUACAGUGGUAUCUGGAAGGUUGGUAAUCCAGUUGAUGGCUGUGCAAUCUUUUGGCAAAAAUCUAGGUUCAAUUUCCUAUAUGAAGAAUGCAUUGAGUUUAAUAAGAUGGGACUUAGGGACAAUGUCGCUCAACUAUGUGUACUAGAGGAACAGGAACAGAGACCUGUGGUUGUCAGAAAUCACCAGGCUCAGCCACAAUAUUGGCAAGCUGUGAGGUCACGAGUUGGCUUGAAACAGAGCAUGUCAGGCUCUCGUAAAGUUGUGGUUUGUAACAUUCAUGUGCUUUACAAUCCUAACAGGGGAGAAAUUAAGCUUGGCCAGGUUCGAGUGCUACUUGAAAAGGCUAAAGCUCUUUCUAAACUCUGGAAUAAUGCCCCUAUAGUUAUUUGUGGGGAUUUUAAUUGUACACCCAAGAGUCCAUUAUACAACUUUAUAUCAGAACAGAAGAUAGAUCUGUCUGGAAUAGAUAGGAAUAAGGUAUCCGGACAAGAUUCUGCAAUUCGUGCAUCAAAGCCCUAUUAUGGUCCUAAGGCUAGUGAAAUAUCUGCCAGUGGUUCAGUUCAGGCCACGUUCACUGGAGGUGUCAAGGAAGUUGUUGAACAAAAUACUUAUCAGUCAGACAGGACCGACCUGGACACUAAAUGUCACCAUCUGGAUAACAAAGGUACUCACCCUCUUUUGGAUAUGUCUAUCAAGUCUUGUUCAAAUCUUGAGUUUGGAAAGGAAAAUGAUGCAUUUGCAGGAAAAGAUACUGAUGAAACUGCUGUUGACCAUUCAAAGAUCUUUUGUGAAGAUCGUAGUAUAAAAGAACCAGAUCCUUCUUAUAGGGAAGGUAGGUCCCAUAUUAGUCCUGUAAAUAAUGCUAUUCAUGACAUUACACCUGUGACCUCUUCAGCUCCUGAAGCAGUUAACAGUGAAAAAACUGGGAAGGGAAGCAAUGAACAUAUAUCAGAUGCUGUCCCAAUUUCAAAUAAAGAAUUAAGCAAAAAAUCCAACUUCCAUGUCCCUGAAGGGAAUAAACAAGUGGAGUCAACAGAUCUAGACAUCGUAGAAAUUUCUCCAACUAAACCAUCAAGCCAAACUUCAGUUUCCAAUGCAUUUGAAGUCCCUCGUAUAGAGUAUGGAGAUAACCCUUCUCAUGAGGAAAUUGCUGAUGAUCAAAAUAACAGCUCAUCAACCGCAUAUUUAGUUGGCAAAUCACAUCGAUUGUCAAACAUUAACUUUCCUCCACUAGAUGAAAAAGAGAAAUCAUUCUUUGAUGAGAUAGAUGAAACCAUUACAAACAGUGAAAAUAUUGGUGAUGACAGCAGUUUUGUAUCUUCCUUACAUAAUGCUGAAGGAGUUGGUCUUGAUAUCGGAUCAUCAAUGAAAUCAGAUCUUGAUAAGUCUUAUCAGUACGAUGAAUUAAAUUCUGCUUCCAACUUGUUGCUGCCUGUAGAGAGCAAUGAAGGGGAGGAUGAUUUAUCUCCAAAUCAGAUUUCUAAAUCUAUUUGUACAGAGGAAGCUACUUAUAAUCCAGCAUUGUGGACCCCUAUGGAGAUAGAAACUGCUACAGGAAAUGCAGAUUGCACCUUCUUGGAGCACCCUUUACUGCUUAGGAGCACAUACACUGAAGCUAUGGAUUGUUCAGGGACCAGAGAUCACCAUGGAGAGCCCCUUGUAACCAGUUAUAAUAGGCGCUUCUCGGGAACUGUUGACUACAUUUGGUAG